AGAAUAUUUGGGAUUGUUGUGAUUUGAGGCCGCGGCCAUCUUGGAUCAACUCUGCUCCACACUGAGCAGCAAGAGAGGAAGGAGGACGUGAACGGCUGAGCUAACGUUAGCUGCUCGAAGAGAUUAACCACAAUUUGUGUCGCUGUGCGGUGCGACUAUGCUUCAUGUGCGAUAUUUUUCUUUUAUAUAUGCAUCUUUGAGUGCAUACACAUGGCUAUAAACUGUUGUAAACGGUCAACGUUAUAACUCCGGAGAGGGCGGCGGCGGCGGCGCAUAUCCUCGGUAUAUGUUUUAAAUUUCUGGAUAGAGGAGUAACUAUGAAUGGAGGAUAAAUGUUGCCAAAGGCUGACAGCAGCAGUUUCGUCCUCUUCUCUCUUCUCUUUGUCCUCACAUUAACGGACCCACCACGGACAGGUCCGCGGCUAGCUCUGGCAAGAUUAUUGUCAGAGCAGCGUUGCAGCCCUGGGCAGUUCGCCUGCCGCAGUGGGAAGAUGCAAUGUAUCCCAAUGUCCUGGCAGUGUGACGGCUGGACAGCAUGUGAGGACAAGAGCGACGAGAUGGACUGUCCCCCUAUAAAGGGCGAGAGGUUUCGCUUUGGCAAAGGAGAUGACCAGGAAGACGUCAUCGGUGUGGCUCAGCCUGUGCGCUUCAACAAGAAGUGCCCCAGUGGGUGGCACCACUACGAGAAGACGGCCAGCUGUUACAAAGUGUACCCGAGGAACGAGAACUACUGGCAGGCGGUGGACACCUGUCAGAAAGUCAACGGCUCGCUGGCCACCUUCGUCACCGACGAGGAGCUGCAGUUCAUCCUGAAGAUCGAGGUGGACUUUGACGACAAAGUCUGUGAGCGCAGAGACCAGUGCAAGUUUUGGGUGGGCUACCAGUAUGUGAUCACCAAUCGGAACAACUCCCUGGAGGGACGCUGGGAGGUUGCAUACAAAGGGUCAAUGCAGGUGUUUUUGCCACCUGACGAUCUGACCUAUUUUGGGGAGGCGUCUCCCACCCAGGAAAACGUCUUCUGUGCUCAGCUGCAGCGCGUUCAGAUCAAAAGCAUGAACGAGCGAGGCCUGCACAGCUGGCACGCUGAGAACUGCUACAAGAAGUUCCCCUUCCUCUGCAAGAGAAGGCAAACGUGCGUGGAUAUAAAAGACAACGUGGUGAACGAGGGAUACUACUUCACCCCUAAAGGGGACGACCCGUGUCUGAGCUGCACGUGUCAUGACGGAGAGCCGGAGAUGUGUGUGGCGGCGCUGUGUGAGCGUCCGCAGGGCUGCCAGCACUUCCGCAAGGACCCCAAAGAGUGCUGCAAGUUCACCUGCCUGGACCCAGAUGGAAACAGUCUGUUUGACUCGAUGGCGAGCGGCAUGAGACUGAUCGUCAGCUGCAUCUCGUCCUUCCUCAUCCUCUCUCUGCUGCUCUUCAUGGUGCACAGACUCCGCCAGCGGAGACGCGAACGCAUCGAAACUCUGAUUGGAGGAAACUUGCACCACUUCAACCUUGGGAGGCGGGUCCCGGGCUUCGACUACGGCCCGGAUGCUUUCGGCACCGGCCUCACCCCCCUGCAUCUGUCCGAUGAUGGAGAGGGCGGCGCUUUCCAUUUCCAAGAGCCUCCUCCUCCGUACGCAGCUUACAAAUACCCCGACAUCCAGCACCCAGACGACCCCCCCCCUCCGUACGAAGCCUCCAUCAACCCAGACAGCCUCCUCUACGUCGACCUUGGACGCAGCGGGCUUUCCAUGGUACCGAGCCAGAUGAACACCAUGGGAAACGGGCUCCAGGCGGACAUCCCCAACGCUCCUGUCCCUGUGCCAGAAUCAGCGCCGUCCUGUCAGGAGAGGGAGGACUCCAUAGAUAGCAGCACCCUCCUGGUGGGGCCCGACACCCCCACAGACGGCCAGGGGCCCGCAGACUGCGUCUCCUCCCUCAGCACCGUGGUAUAGGACCCUGGACGGACAUUUCCUGCUGGUCGAGGAAAGUCAUGAGGGUGUUCCUCACCGGGAGAGGAAGUUUUUUUAAAAGCUGACUGCAGGGAGGAGAGUUAAAGUUUGUACAGACGUCUUGGAUCAGCUCCUUUUCUUUGAGGUGCGAGGAUGCCCUCUUUUUGAAGACUCUUCUGCAGUUUGCCUUCAAAGUGUAUUUUUUUUUUUUUUUUAAACACUGAGGCAGCAGAGAGGCCUGUUUCUGUACAGAGACAAACACACUUCAUAGAGGCCGAGAAGGCUCCACUUUUACUUUAAGCGACGACUGAGCUAAGCUUUUGAAACAUCUCAGAGAAGCCGUGAUGUAAAUACCCCGUCAGGUCUGUGUAGCUCAGAUUUGUUAUACUUGUGUGUGUCACAGUCCAGCACAAGCUUAAGAGUGACAGAGAAGCCAGCUAAUGUUCCUUCUGCGUUUCAGUUUGCAUCUUACAGACGUAUGUGUUGAUCUGUCGCUCUCCAGACUACAAUAAUGUUCCCAUCAGCCCCGUCUGCCGCGGCAGAUCUCGAUUUCUACUCGCUCCAUAGGAAACCUACUCUCUCCUCACGUUCUUAUCAGUCUGAUACAUGAAGCUGUCUUCCAGGUUUAUAGCACACAUUUGCAGCAACAGUUUUGUAAUCCAGAGGUUGAAACGUUCCAGAAAGUACAGUUAGUUUCCAGCUAUAUGAGGUUUUUAUUAGGAAGCGCUCACACGAGGCGUAAUGUAUCAAGGAAUGUCGUGGUACUGAUAAUUAUGAGUUGUUUAUUUUGUUGAUAAAUGAUGACGGGAGGCUGUAAAAUGGAUUGUUUUAUUGUGGGUUAGACGCAGUCUGAGCUCCCCACUGAUCAGUCAGCAGCGACGAAGCUUUUCAAGUAUCCGUGUGAAGAUUAGGGAUGAUUUCCCAGCGUUAAAUUUAAGAAUCAAUUUAUUUAAGAUAACUGUCGCAAUCAUGAAGUGGUUUAAUCAUGCAGAGGUCCCAUUGUGUUUCCUUUAUCAUCAACUCUUGGCAGCAUAGUUGUGUAUUUGCUAACUGAACCAUGUUUAGUGAUUCAAAGCUCAAUGUUUUGCACGCUCAUCCCUCAAUUUAAUCAGGGUUUUUGUUUUCGCAAAGAAAUGUGUUGGUUGUCACAUUUGGAUGCUGCCCCUCCAUUCCUGAUGUGUUUGUACGUGUGGUUCUUCAACAUCUCGCUCAUUGAGGAUGUGUCCAGCUCCUGACGAAGAUCACUGCUCUGAGUCCUUUCUGUUUGCUGUAGAUGGGUCUGUUACCGUCCUUGUUUCUCAGUGGGAUCGCAGUAAAAAAAAAAAGUUGUAAUAAAAGAAAAUCUCGUAUAUUUGGAACUUUUAUGACGACAAUCGUUUGAUUCAAGGAUGAAUUUUACAAAGCCUAAAGUUAGAUCAGACCCACAACCAGCAGCAUUCAAACCGCUUUAGAUCUGCCUCAUGAAGAACACCAGCUGUAAUGUGUGUGUGAAUGACUGUCUGUGUGUGUGUGUGUGAAUGUAUGUAUAAAACAUUAUUUUUGUUCUAAAGCUUUUACCCCAUUUUUCUUUUUUUCUUAUUUUACAUUGACAAUCCACAGUGGAUUAUCCAGGAAACAAAAUUGUAAGAAAAAAAAGCAUGUGUGUGUAGAAGAUGGUGUUUUGUUUUCAUCAGGUUUGUUUUGUUUUAUUUUACAACCUGCUUUUUGAAGCUUGGUGCAUGUUUUUAAUCUUUUGGCAUGCUGAGGGAAUUUUUUUUGAAUGGAAACAUUUUAACGCUCUGUCCUGUACUGUAGGUUCAAAUAAUUCUGGCAUAUAGUUUAAAAUCUAUGUGCAUCAUAAACCCGCCCGUGACCCAAACAGCUGCAUUUACAAUGUAGUUUCAGGUGUGAGAAAUUAUCUUAAUGAAUUUAAAAUGUUUUUCUGUAUAAUACAACAAAUGCUACAUUUCAUUGUCUUUUCUUUCAAAGCCUUUAAAUCUUAAACAUGCUUAUGUUGCAGGGUGGGGCUUGUGUUUUUAUGAGGUAGAUGUACAUCUAAUCAAAUGCCAAAUAAAUUGCACCAUGAAGGACGAUUCAUGCGUCAGUGGGUAUGAACACA